AUGUUCGCCGAGCUUUUCAAGGAACACGAAACGUACAUGAUGGAUCUGGAAGCUCGAUUUCCCUCCCUCGUGGAGUGGAUCAAGGGGGUAGAGGAGGUAUUUGGGCCUGUCGUGGAACACUAUCCGGCAAAGGUGCAUGGUGGUCUAGGUGGACCCCUAGUCAUCUACAACCAUGGCCCGCACCUCAGCCCUGAUGCUAUCGGGAUCAAAGGCGUAAAUGACAUGAAGGACGACCUCAUCAAGAAAGCAACCCUCCUGGAAGAGCAAACCCAAAUUUUGACUCGUGCAUUGGAGGACAACGGUAUUCAGAUACCACAAGAGUCUGCCGUCAUCCAAGCACGAUUGGACGUACUCAAGCGGUCCAGCCCACCAGACGAGCCUGUGCAUGUGAAGGAAUCAGGCCGGGAGACCGGAGAACGACAAGACCCGUGCCCAGAAGCCCGGCACGUGGCAUUCCUUGAAGACCAUGACGGGUCUGCAUUCACCUCUGGAUACGUAAUCCUGCAAGAGCCGAAGAAGAGUCCCCCUCCUCCCCCUCCUCCCCCUCCUGUCGAGAUGGAUUACGACCAGCUAGAUGAGCUGUUCGACUCCAUGCACAGAUUCAGAUCCAGCAAGUGUUUCAAGACACCUGUCACUAAGGAGAAGUCGCCCAAGUACUUUGAGAUGGUGAGGGAGCCACGUGACCUUGUGAUAAUCAAGGACAGAUUGAACACGGUUCCCGGAUAUUUCGUGGAGGCGUUCUUCAAUGACAUAAGGCUCAUGCUCGACAAUUACUCCCAUGUCUUCGGCGAGGGCUCAGAUGAGCACAAGAGUGCGGAGCGUUUCCAAGUCGCGAUGUUCAAGAAGCUCGAGGAAUAUGGCGAAGCUGGUCAGACGGCCAAGGAUCAAUUCAAUCGCGCUCCCAGAGCGACAUUCAAUGAGCUCAUUUCAUCUCCGGAGGCCGAUGAUACUAUUCCAUCUCCAAUGGUCGAUGAUACCAUUCCGCCUUCAGAGGAGCCUGACCCAAUCGACGGCUCCGAUGACGCAGACGAGGCUGAAACCUCGUUCGCGCAGGGCAUCAGGAACAACUACGAAGACGAUUACGGCGAGGAGCGCGACGAUAGCUACUUCGGACGGAACGAAGAUGUUCUCGACUUCGGUGACGAGACUGGCCUUCUGCCCAAGACUCCCAGCACUGUUGGCCCAGCCCACAAACUUGGAAGUCGAGGUGAUCUUGCCGACCAAUCUCCCAGUUUCCAGGGCCCAGCUGAGCAAUCCGAAGGCGAAGAUGACCUCGUCAACCGUGCUUGGGGUGCCUUUGACAUGGCCAAGGGAUACGAUCAUGCGCAUGGCCAUGCAACUCGGGCUCCUGCUCGCCAUAAUACAGCCCAGCCACGUGAUGAUGAGGACGAUCGCAACAGCUCAGCCCCUGGCGCUUCUGGCCCAGCCGAGCAGCCCGGCGACCAAGAUGAGCAGGGUCCUGACGGUCCGUCUCCUGACACCGACAAGCCGGCCGAACAAUCUGAAGAAUUCAGCAUUUUCAACCCGUACAGCUCAUCCCCUGGAGCUCCUGGCCCGGCUGAGCAGCUGGACGACAACGACAGCCACGUCCUGUCGUCGAUUGCUUCCCCUGUUCCAUCCCCGACUGCCCAACCCGAGGCAGCAGCCGGAGAGUCUGGCGAUGAGGCCGCACGUGCCAGCGCACACGCCUUGGAGCAGCCAGCGCCCGUUGCCCCCAUGUAUGCGGAGCAGGAUGUCGUCGACCUCACUUCCUCGCCGCAGCGACGGGCCAGUCACAUCGACUCGGCUUCCACGAAGCGCGCUCGCGCAUCUGAAGACCAAGACUGCUCUUCAGAUGAUGACGCCCCGCUUAUCAAGCGACGGAGGACAACUGCCGAGCCUUCUUCAGAUGAUGACGCUCCACUCAUCAAGCCAAGGAGCACGACUGCCGAGCCUGCGUCCAUCAAGGGACAGGAGACGGCCGCCGAGUCUUCCCGUUAUGCUGUCAGACCCUCGUUGGGCAAGCGAUCUCGCGGCGAUGACGAUGGCGACGAUGAAGAAGAGCGUGAGCAGCCGGCGAAGAGGAACAAGGUUUCCUCACCGUCAGAGCCUCUGGCACCUGUGGCUGCAGCUCCAGUCGGCGAGCCCAGUCUUGCGACCAUUGAAAGCCUCUUGAGAAGGGUUCGGAAUGCUCAGGUACCACCGAGCCCCAUCCCGGAGCCGAUUACGCCUGCAAUUGCAGCAGCCGACGGACCUGGUAGUGUGUCUCCUCCGCCCAUGUUGGACCGACGAGAGACACCCGAGCCGGCCAAUGAUGCCUCCGCCACUGGAGGACACGAAGGCAGGAGGAGCAGCCCUCCCAACGCUGCGGCCGACGAGCCGGAGCCGGAGCCAGCCACCGAGGAUCUCGGCCACACGGACAACGGCACUAUCACUGUCUCAAAGCUGCACAGGCUGCCGAAGUACAAGAGGAAGGGCCGUUCCAAGGCACGCGGCCGCCCCAACCGUCCUUGGGUCUUUGGGUACCAGUUCAGCGAUGAUUACGGACUGUACAUCAUGUCCUGCCCCGAGAAGGGUUGCGAGACGGGCACUGAGAUCUUCACAACCCACCCGUUCAUGCGCAACGACGCGGCCGACCACCUCCAGGAGUGUGGUCACGAUUUCACUGACGAUGAUGACAUGGUACGCAAGUACUGCACCCAAGUGAUCAGCGAUGAGAAGAAGGCUGUUUCCAUCGAGUGGGCCAGGAAGUGGAACAACGACUUGAUGAAGGAGUACGGCGACGAGGAUCGCGAGAACGAGAACUUCUAA